AACAGAAAAAAAUUUGCACUUUCAGUUUUUUUUUUUUCAAGCAACAAAUAUCUUUCUUUUGUUCCCGCUUGUCUCCUCUCUUCAUCAGUCUCUCAAAAAAUGUCGGAUAAUCUACUGCAGCAUCUCUUUCAGACCUUUCAGAAAAUCUCAGGUUGCGUCCAAGCUCAUUUCUCCAAUCUCGUAGCCCAGCCUCACCACCGUUCGCCUUCUGCCAAAAACCCUCUCUUCUCCAUCUCAGCAUCAUCAUCUAAAGUAAACCCAUCAACAACAGACGCCGACCUUCUCCAACCAAAGGACAUUCUCAUCAAGAUAAAAUCUACUGCACCAGUGACUAAAGAAGAGCUUGGAAGAGCUACUUGGACUUUCCUUCACACGCUUGCUGCUCAGUAUCCAGAAAAGCCAACGAGACAACAAAAGAAGGACGUAAAAGAAUUGAUGGCAAUAUUAUCCCGGAUGUACCCUUGCAAGGAAUGUGCAGAUCACUUUAAAGAAGUUUUGAGGGCUAAUCCUGUACUAGCUGGAUCUCAAACUGAGUUCUCACAAUGGUUAUGCCAUGUUCACAAUGUAGUCAACAGAAGCCUUGGCAAACUGGUAUUUCCCUGUGAACGAGUUGAUGCCAGGUGGGGCAAGCUAGAAUGCGAGCAACGAGCAUGUGACCUUCAAGGAACGGAUUUUCCCGUAGAUUAACAUAUUUAUCUAUGUACUUGAUUCCCUGGACUUCAAAAAUGAUGCUAUGCAAUAUGUACAUGAAUGCUUGAUUUGUUUGGUUCAUUUUGAUUUUACCAUUUUGAUAAAUCAUUUAUUGAGCCGUAUUGUAAUACCACAACAAAGCUCUCAAGAAUUAAAAGUUCAUAUUUAUACAUUA